AUGGAGGGCGCAGGCAGCGGCUGGGCAGCGGAGCCCACCGCCCCUUGUGCGAAUUGCAGCGGCACCGGCGAGGUCUUUGAGGUGGCGCUGCGGAACAGCUCGUCCAAGCGCAGCCCUCAGUUUGCGGGCGUGGAGCUGCUGCAGUCCUUCAAGCUGCUCGUCAUUCCCUGCUACACUCUGGUGGCUCUGGUGGGCGUGUUCGGCAACUACCUGCUCCUCUAUGUCAUUUGCCGCACCCGCAAGAUGCACAACGUCACCAACUUCUUCAUCGGAAACCUGGCCUUCUCGGACAUGCUGAUGUGCGCCACAUGCGUCCCCUUCACGCUGGCCUACGCCUUCAACCCGCACGGCUGGGUGUUCGGGCGUUUCAUGUGCUACCUGGUGUACCUCGUCCAGCCUGUGACGGUGUAUGUGUCAGUCUUCACUCUCACCGCCAUCGGUGUGGACAGAUACUAUGCCACAGUGCACCCUCUGAAAAAGCGCAUUUCAGUCUUGGCCUGCACCUACCUUCUGUCCAGUAUCUGGCUGCUGUCCUGUGGUCUGGUGGCUCCGGCUGUGGCUCACACCUACCACGUGGAGUUCAAGAACGAGGGCUUCACCAUCUGCGAGGAGUUCUGGAUGGGCCAGGAGAGGGAGCGGCUGGCUUAUGCGUACAGCACCCUCUUCGUCACCUACGUCCUGCCUCUGUCAGCGCUCUGUAUCUCUUACCUGUGCAUCUCUGUCAAACUACGGAACUGCGUCGUACCUGGCCACCACACCCAGAGCCAGGCAGAGGCUCGGCGCAUGCGAAAACGCAAGACCUUCCGCCUGGUUAGCCUGGUGGUGGCAGCAUUUGGCAUCUGCUGGAUGCCCAUCAGUGUCUUCAACGUUCUGCGUGACAUUGACAUUGACCUGAUUGAUAAGCGGUACUUUCUGCUCAUUCAGCUGCUCUGUCACCUGUGUGCAAUGAGCUCAUCCUGCUGUAACCCAUUCCUCUACGCCUGGCUGCACGACCGCUUCCGUGCUGAACUCCGCAAAAUGUUCACAUGCCGCCGUCGCAUCGGCAUCUCGGCCAAUAACUGCGCCACUGCCAGCGUGGUUUUGUGAAGCUCCUUGGUUUUAGGCUACUGCCGGUUAGUGUUCGUUUCUUGGGCAGUAGAGUAUACUCAUCUCGUUCUGGUAACAUACAGGUAAAGCAAAAUUAGAUAGGUGUAUAUGGGUAGGACUCUCUAGUUUCUAUGGUGGCCUAGCUUUCACACAAGGCAGCCACAUUAAAUUUUGCUCUGUUGUGUACCAAAAAGCUGAAAAAAAGAGUACACCGAUUUGGCAUUGAAUUCCUAUAACAUCCUGUAACAAAUUUGAUGAAGCAGAAUCCGAGAUAUCAUCUUUUUCGUUCCACGAAUUCUCCUUCCUUGUCAUAAACCUGGCACCUACAUUACCCACAGUGUGGCUUGAUUGCCGACAGUUCGGUUGGAGAUUUGGGUGUGUUAGUAAUAACGGCUUAUGUAGCGUCAAGCCACUAGCCUAAAGCAGAGAUGGGGAGCGGGCUACAGAGGUCUGGUAAGCUCACUACUUUCAAACUACUUUCAAACUCCACAACUCCGUUUUUUUUCCUUUUUCAAACCUGUAGUCUUGUAGACGCCACCAACAUUGUCUCAAGUGACAUCCAUACAGGUAAUUUAUCAGAUUUUGCGCAGCUCCCUCUGGAGCCACAAAAAGGCUUUAGACAACUUUUUUCACAUAUGCAGAUUCACUUCCCAAGACCGCUAAACAGACCUUUAUGUGUAAAAUUGGUGAAGUUCCCCUUGAAGCCCAAACACAGUAGAUUGACUGUCGACUGCCAUGUGUGUUUAUACAGAUGCAAUCACACCGAGUACCAUGCCUUUUGUAAAUUUAAGAUUUAAUUUCUCUGUUUUUGAAAUGUCUUUCACAGGAGGUCAGCUCAUUGGAAAAAAUCUUAUUGUAUGAUCUAUUUGGUUGUUUGAACCAUGAAAAACAAUAUGAAAAAAGAUUUUAAAAAUGGGUCAAAAACAUAUACUUUUGUUUUCAAAAAAAGACUAAAUAAUAUCAUCAGAUAGAUGGUCACUGUAGUUUCUGCAAACGUCACACAAGCAGGAGUAAAUUGUGAAUUUGUUGGGGACUAUUUUCUGCUGCAGAUUUGGUGUGCUAGCAAAUAGUCAUGACAGCAGGACGAAAUGUGUGGGAUUGAUUGGGAAUAAACUACAGUGCCCCUCUUCAUUAUAAUGAAGGAUCAUUUCACUCUCACUGGUGUGUUUUUAAUAGUUUUUGGACAAAAAUGGAGGUCUAUGGCACUCAGGCUUUAGAUACUCUGUAACUGUUAGAAGGAUUAAUUCAUUGUUGAUGUUUGUCUUUU